AUGACAGUUGGCAUUGCUAGGAAACUCUCACGAACAAAACCACAUCGUGAAGCUCUUUUGAAGAAUCUCGUUACUCAAUUAUUACAACAUGGAACCAUAUCAUCGACUCAUGAAAAGUGUAAAGAGGCGUCAAGGCUGGCAGAUAGAGUCAUUAAUAUGGCUAAGAAAGUAAAUCAGAUGGAGGACGGUAGAGCUAGAGAUAAAUAUUUAAGUGAAAUACAAUCGAGGCUGUUCCUUUCCGGUGAUAAUAACCACCUUUUGAUUAAUUUGGUUAAUGCAAUAGCUCCCAAAUACAUUUCUCGACAAGGGGGUUAUACAAGAGUGAUACGACUGGAACCCAGGCUGACGGACAAAGCCUGUGAAUCUAUUUUAGAGCUUGUCGAUACACCUAUCCUCGAUAAAGAUGGAAAUUUAAAUAAGGGAAAUCUUAAGUUCUGGCUAUUGAUAAAAAAUGUAAUAAAUGAUGAAUCACAAUCUAAACCAUAUAAUGAUAUCACAAUACAUAAUUUGCAAAAAAUGGCAAAGUUUAAAGAUAGAAAACAAUUUGAGACUGAGAUCCUGACCGUUAAAAGACUACUUAAAGGACAAGCAAAUCAAUUCUGGGAUGAGAACUCGGAGUCAGGCCUCGUUACUUUAUUGGUAAACCAAGUAUAUCACACCGUACUGUCGUCAAAGGGACACAGUGGUUAUAAAUUUAUCAAUGAGAGACCCUUGAGACCAAAAUCUACCUAG